AUGUCAAGCGCAAACGCAAACAACAACACUUCUGGGUCAUUCUCGUUGAUGAACCUGUGUCAAAAAGUGACAUUUGAUGGCUCGAACUUCAACGAGUGGAUGAGAUACAUUCGCAUGAUAACUCGUUAUGAGGACAAAGAAUAUGUCCUAGACGAGAAGCUUGAAAGGAUCAACCCAGAAGAAGCUACUCCUGAAGAGAUGGCCGCCUUUGAGGCCCACGAGCGUGAUGCAACGAAAGUUCAUUGCAUCAUGUUGGCCACCAUGAACCUCGAACUCCAAAAGUCCUAUGAGGACAUGUAUCCAUAUGAGAUGCAUCAAGAUUUGCUGGACAGGUACCACCAGAGCGCGAGGCAAGAGCGCUAUGAGAUCAUCACCAACAUGAUCACCGCUAAGAUGGGGAGUGGAGAAUCCCUAACUGCUCAUUUGCAAAGAAUGCAAAGAUAUGUUGAUCGUCUUCUCAAACUUAAUGUUAAGUUUGAUGAGGAUUUGGCUAUCGACAUCAUCCUCCACUCCUUGCCUUCCUGCUACAGCCAGUUCAGAAUGACCUACCGCAUGAAUAAGGAAGAGGUCACCCUAAGUAAGCUUCAAGGGCUCCUGAGGACAGCUGAGAGUAACCUCAAGGACAAAUCGGUUGCAUCAUCCUCUACUGUAGCUGCUCCUGUGUUGGCAAUUGGCCAAGGAAAGGGAAAGAAGAGGAAGGCUCCUUACAAGAGCCACCAUAAGGGUAAGACCCAAGAUGGUUCUUCUUCUAGUGGGACCAAAGCAGGUUCUGUUAAGCCCUCUUCUGACCCCAAGGAAGCAGAGUGCUUCUAUUGCCACCAGAAGGGCCACUGGAAACGAAGCUGCCCUAAAUAUCUGCAAGAUAUUAAGGAUGGGAAGAUAAAACCCACCUUCGCAGGUAUGUAUUUAAUUAAAUCUAAUAACUCAUCAUUUGCUACUUCAUGGGUUCUUGAUACAGGGUGUGGUUACCACAUUUGUUCUGAUAUGCAGGGCCUAAAAAGAAGUAGGGAAGUGGAGCAUGGAAGGAUAAGCUUGAUCAUCGGAAACAAGAAGUCUUCACCAGUAACCAAGAUCGGAGUUUAUUCCUUAGUGUUGAGUAGUGGGUUAGGGCUAGAUUUAAAUAAUUGUUGCUAUUCGCCAGAUAUGGCAAGAAACAUCAUUUCUUUUCAUGGUUUGUUUAGACAAGGUUUCAGAUAUUCAUUUGAUAAUAGUAAUGGUUCUAUUAAUGCUUAUUUGAAUGGUGUCUUUUAUUUCAAUGCAUUACCUUGUAAUGGGAUUUAUGAAUCUGUGUUAGUUAUUGAUAAUUUAGGAAAUGAUGUUUUGAAUAUUGAUUCGUCCACAAGUUUGGACAAAGCAUGCUUGUGGCAUUGUCGCCUUGGCCAUGUGAACAAGAAACGCAUAGCCCAACUCCAAAAGGAUGGAGUCUUGGAGUCUUUCGACCUUAGGGACGAUGACGUGUGUGAGUCUUGUUUACUUGGGAAGAUGACCAAGUCACCCUUUACUGGCACAUGUGAAAGGGGUGAGGGUGUAUUAGAUCUCAUACACACAGAUGUAUGUGGACCCUUUAGAUCCACCACAAGGGACGCUUGUCGCUUCUACGUGACUUUUACAGACGAUUAUAGCAGAUAUGGAUAUAUCUACUUAAUCAAGCAAAAGUCAGAAACUUUUGAAAAGUUCAAAGAGUUCAAGAAUGAAGUGGAGAAUCAGUUGGGCAGGAAAAUCAAGAUGCUUCGAUCUGAUCGAGGGGGAGAGUACCUAAGUCUUGAGUUCCACGACUAUCUGAAAGAGUGUGGAAUAGUUUCACAAUUGACGCCUCCUAGAACGCCACAAUUGAAUAGUGUGGCUGAGAGACGUAAUCGAACCUUGUUGGACAUGGUUCGCUCUAUGAUGAGUCGUGCUUCGUUACCAAUCUCAUUCUGGGGGUAUGCCUUGGAGACUGCCGCCCAUAUCCUUAACUUAGUUCCCACCAAGAAGGUUACCAAAACGCCUCACGAGAUGUGGACAGGGAAAGCUCCCUCGUUAGCACAUAUCAAGGUUUGGGGUUGUGAAGCUUUCAUAAGACGAGAGACUCACGACAAGCUAGAACCUCGUAGUGAGAAGUGUUAUUUCAUCGGCUAUCCACAGAAGUCUUUUGGUUAUCUCUUCUAUAGACCAAAUGACAAUGUUGUCUUUGUUGCUAGGAGAGGGGUUUUCAGAGAAAGAGAACUCAUAAGCCAAGGAGACAGUGGGAGUCAGAUUGACCUUGAAGAGCUUCAAGAGUCAGGAGAAGAAGGAACCUCUGACACUGGCAUGCAACCUGAGGAGGAAACUCCUGUUGAACCUAUUGACCAGUCCUUACCUCUUAGACGUUCAAGUAGAGUUGUUGUUCCACCCCAGUUUUAUGGUUUCCAUAUUACUACUGAUGGGGAUACGUUUAUUAGUGAUAGUACACUAGUAAAUCUGGACGAACCUAACAGCUACAAGGAAGCCAUGGCAGGCCCAGAGUCUGUUAAAUGGAAAGAGGCAAUGGAUAGCGAGAUUCAGUCCAUGUAUGACAACCAAGUUUGGAAUUUGGUUGACAAUGUGCCAGGUCGUAAGACGGUCGGGUGCAAGUGGAUCUUCAAGAAGAAGACAGACAUGGAUGGGAAAGUGCACACUUAUAAAGCGCGAUUGGUCGCGAAGGGCUUUACUCAAACUCCUGGAGUUGACUAUGAUGAGACCUUCUCACCAGUUGCGAAAAUAAAGUCUAUUAGGCCAGAGGGUUUUGUCGAUGCAAAGCAUCCAAAUAGAGUGUGCAAGCUUGAGAAAUCCAUUUAUGGAUUAAAGCAAGCGUCUCGCAGAUGGAAUCUUUGUUUUGACGAGAAGGUCAAAGAGUUUGGCUUUCUGCGAAAUGAAGAUGAGUCAUGUGUAUAUGUCAAGGCCAGUGGGAGUAUAGUGAGCUUCCUCGUAUUGUAUGUCGAUGACAUACUACUCAUAGGAAACGACAUCCCAACAUUGCAGGAGGUCAAGUCCUGGCUUGGGAAGUGUUUCGCUAUGAAGGACCUCGGAGAGGCUGCAUAUAUUCUGGGAAUAAGGAUAGUGAGAGACAGAAGUAAGAGACUGAUAGGACUCAGUCAGGAUACAUACUUGGAAAGGGUACUAAAACGUUUUAGUAUGGAAAAUUCCAAGAAAGGGGAGUUACCAAUCCAAUGCAAUACCAAACUGAGUAAGACUCAGAGCCCGAGUACAGAGGCAGAAAUAGCUGAUAAGAGCCGAGUACCUUACGCUUCCGCAGUUGGCUCAAUUAUGUACGCUAUGACCUGUACUCGCCCUGAUGUGGCUUUCGCUUUGAGCAUGGUCAGCAAAUAUCAAGGGAAUCCUGGUAGGGCACAUUGGAUUGCUGUCAAGAAUAUUCUUAAGUACCUACGAAGGACUAAGGAAUGGUUUCUAGUCCUGGGUGGGAGUGAUGACUUAAGGGUGCGAGGGUACAGUGACGCUAGUUUCCAGACAGAUCGGGAUAAUUACCGAUCGCGGUCGGGCUGGGUCUUUACCUUGAAUGGAGGAGCAGUGACUUGGAAAAGUUCCAAGCAAGAAACCGUAGCUGAUUCAACGUGCGAAUCAGAGUACAUUGCGGCGAGCGAGGCGUCAAAGGAGGCUAUAUGGUUGAAGAACUUCAUUGGAGACCUUGGAGUUGUGCCAUCCAUAAAAGAGCCCAUGGAAAUUUUCUGUGAUAAUGAAGGAGCGGUUGCCUUAACCAAGGAACCAAGGGAUCAUGGCAGAUCUCGUCAUAUCGACAGGAAAUACCAUUUUAUUAGACAUCGAGUAGAAGAGGGACUCCUCGUUGUGAAGAGGGUAUCGUCAGAAGAUAACCCAGCAGAUCCCCUCACGAAGGGACUGAGUAGGGUUAAGCAUUUGCAGCACGCUAGAAGCGUAGGGCUGAAGGACGAUAUUAGUUUAGAUUAG